AUGCCCCCCCGAAGCAACAAAGAUAGCAAGUCAACACACCAACCAGUAUAUAUCAUGAAGGUGGCAAUUGCAGGUGCCGGGGACUUAGCCCGCUACUUCGUCGAGGAACUUCUUGCACAGAAGCAUGAAGUAGUUGUUCUAUCACGCAGUCCAAAACCAUGGUUUAAUCGCCCAGACUUAACUUUUCGGAUGACCGACUAUUCCAUUCCUUCACUGGUCAAAGAACUCCAUGACUGUGAAGGUCUCGUGUCUGCACUCCUCGAUUACUCGAUGAACAAUGUCAAUGUCCAUGUCGCACUACUCGAAGCAUGCAGACAGUCUCCAAAAUGCAAGCGUUAUAUUCCAUCAGAGUACGGCGGAAAUAUUGACGAUUUUCCUGACCAACCGGCUUUCUAUUUCGCGAAUCAUGAACCAGUGCGUAAUGCCCUGAAGGAGCAGACGGAAGUAAUGUGGACGCUUUUCAACAUCGGAUGGUUGACAGAUUAUUUGAUUCCCGCAAAUCAGCGGUAUAUUAAAGACAUCGGCGACUAUCAUCCUCUCAAUUAUCAGAAUAACACCUUGAAAAUUCCAGGCACAGGGACGGAACCCAUUGCAUUUACAUCCGCAAGAGAUGCUGCAAGGGCGAUUUCGCGCCUAUUCAUCACGGACUGUGAUCCCUGGGAAAACACCACGUAUGUCUGCGGCGAGACGACCACAUGGAAUGACGUUGCCAGAUUACUUGAAGGGCGUGGUCAUAGACUACGGAAGAGCCAUCGAUCGGUUGAAGCUCUAGAGAAGCAGGUCGCUGACGCCAGGUCCGAGGAUGAAGUCAUUGCUGCUCAAUAUGAAAUCUGGUCAAUCUCUGGCUCUGGCUUUCUUCCACAGGAGAAAUUGAAACGUCAGGCUGAUAAGUACUUCAAGGGCCUGAAGUUCCGGAACGUGGAGGAAAUUUUGAUUGAGGCAGAGAAGAUGAUGAACGUUGAGGUUGCUUUGUAG